AUGUCUGUUCAAGAGUCGGAAGACGUGAGUAAGCUGAAUAAAGAAAGUACAAGUAGCUCAAAUGCGAUUGAAAAUGGUCCCGCUCCUGGUAACAGCGCGACACCUGAAGUUUCCAUUGGAAGUCCUGUUCCAAACAUAGCGCUCCCAGCGAACUUUAGUGAAUGCUCCAGAGGUGACCUUGUUAGUCUCAUUUCACGGAUGUUAUCCUUUUUAAUACAGAUAAAUGACUCGCUGGUUCCCAAAGAACAAAAUGAACUAACAAGGUUCCACUCAAGGGUGCCGCCGCAGAUAUCGGUAUACGAUUAUUUGAUGCGGCUCACACGAUACUCAGCUUUAGAGCCAGCUGUGCUUAUUGCUUCUGUUUAUUAUAUUGACCUCUUCACUGCCAUAUAUCCUGCAUUUUCAUUAAAUUCUCUCACGGUGCAUAGGUUUUUGCUCACGGCCACAGCAGUUGCUAGCAAAGGUCUAUGUGAUUCUUUUUGCACGAACACUCAUUAUGCCAAGGUUGGGGGGGUUCAAUGCAGUGAGCUACACGUACUGGAAAAUGAUUUUUUAAAACGAGUCAAUUAUCGAAUAUUACCUCGAGACGACAACAUACUGAAUUGCAAACUAGAGCGACGAGAUGGCCUCUUCGUUACUGACACAUAUCCAAAGGGCAAUGUGCGAGGGCCAAACAAUGGGUUUAAUGUUCUGGACACUUACUACCGAAAGAUUAUAGAAAUCGUAGGCAGUUAUGAUUCAUCACCGGAUAAAACCAAAAGAGCUCAUUACUCACUGGAGCUCGGGAGCUGUAAGAAAGAUGAAGACCCAUCUAAAAGAAAAAGAUUUCUUGAGGAAUCUGACUGUGAUGCUGCAACCACGAGCAAGAAGCCUGCGUAA